AUGUCCAACAUUCCUGUGUCCAACAUUCCUGUGUCCAACAUUCCCAUGUCCAACAUUCCUGUGUCCAACAUUCCUGUGACCAACAUUCCUGUGUCCAACAUUCCCAUGUCCAACAUUCCUGUGUCCAACAUUCCUGUGACCAACAUUCCUGUGUCCAACAUUCCUGUGUCCAACAUUCCCAUGUCCAACAUUCCUGUGUCCAACAUUCCCAUGUCCAACAUUCCUGUGUCCAACAUUCCUGUGACCAACAUUCCUGUGUCCAACAUUCCUGUGUCCAACAUUCCUGUGUCCAACAUUCCUGUGACCAACAUUCCUGUGACCAACAUUCCUGUGACCAACAUUCCCGUGUCCAACAUUCCUGUGUCCAACAUUCCUGUGUCCAACAUUCUUGUGACCAACAGUCCCGUGUCCUACAUUCUUGUGACCAACAUUCCCGUGUCCAACAUUCCUGUGUCCAACAUUCCCGUGUCCAACAUUCUUGUGACCAACAUUCCCGUGUCCAACAUUCUUGUGACCAACAUUCCCGUGUCCAACAUUCCUGUGUCCAACAUUCCUGUGUCCAACAUUCCCGUGUCCAACAUUCCUGUGUCCAACAUUCCUGUGACCAACAUUCCCGUGUCCAACAUUCUUGUGACCAACAUUCCUGUGUCCAACAUUCCUGUGUCCAACAUUCCCGUGUCCAACAUUCCUGUGUCCAACAUUCUUGUGACCAACAUUCCCGUGUCCAACAUUCCCGUGACCAACAUUCCCGUGACCAACAUUCCCGUGACCAACAUUCCCGUGACCAACAUUCCUGUGUCCAACAUUCCCGUGUCCAACAUUCUUGUGACCAACAUUCCCGUGUCCAACAUUCCCGUGUCCAACAUUCCCGUGUCCAACAUUCCUGUGACCAACAUUCCUGUGACCAACAUUCCUGUGUCCAACAUUCCUGUGACCAACAUUCCCGUGUCCAACAUUCUUGUGACCAACAUUCCCGUGUCCAACAUUCUUGUGACCAACAUUCCCGUGUCCAACAUUCUUGUGACCAACAUUCCCGUGUCCAACAUUCCCGUGUCCAACAUUCCCGUGUCCAACAUUCUUGUGACCAACAUUCCCGUGUCCAACAUUCCUGUGUCCAACAUUCCUGUGUCCAACAUUCCUGUGUCCAACAUUCUUGUGACCAACAUUCCCGUGUCCAACAUUCCUGUGUCCAACAUUCCUGUGUCCAACAUUCCUGUGUCCAACAUUCUUGUGACCAACAUUCCCGUGUCCAACAUUCUUGUGACCAACAUUCCCGUGUCCAACAUUCUUGUGACCAACAUUCCCGUGUCCAACAUUCUUGUGACCAACAUUCCCGUGUCCAACAUUCUUGUGACCAACAUUCCCGUGUCCAACAUUCUUGUGACCAACAUUCCCGUGUCAAACAUUCUUGUGACCACAAUAUACAAGAGGAACGCCAAAUUAACGAAGGAUAUUCAAACUUUUCAAGAAUAUUUCUUAGCUUUCUAUGAUCGAAUCGCUUCUUGA